CGCCCACGAAAGUAAUUUCUGCGCAUGCACACUUGCCGUCCUACCCAAUCAAACGCAAGCAUAGAAGUUUAAACUGUUUAUUGGUUUUGUAUUUGUAUUUGCACAUGUGAAUCGUUAAGCGUUUUUUUUGGUUAAACUGGUUAAUUUGGAAACUUGAAUGUGAAAGUAUACUGGUGUUUGGAGCCUUCUGGUUAAUUGUUAAGUGUUCAACAUUCAUCAUGAGAAAAAACCAAACAUUUGAAAGAAUGAUCCCUGAUGAUAUGAAUGCUGAAAAGUUCUUGGCUAAUAAUACAAAGAUUCUAUUAAAUGCUGAUCCCAGUGAGACAACAUUACCUAAAAAUUGCAUCUUUAAAGCUGCUUACCCAAAAGUUAGUCCAUAUAAGCAUGCAAUCCCCUCUGGGAUAGGUCUGCUUCACACGCCACCUAAAUGUGUAGAUCUGAGGUUCUUCACAAAAUCUUCCCCAUCACCCUUUCAACUAAACAGAGCUACAACCGAAAAACAAGGUGAUGGAGUGAUGACAAAGACAUCAGUAAAUGAAGAGGAGCUGUCCACCCCCAAAAGGCUUUAUUCUGGAAAGAAACAGUCUGGUUCAUACAUCCACAGAUACAGCUCUAAUAAAAGCCAGCUUACUUCUCAUAGUCCUAAAGAAGAUGGGCUAGAUGCAGCAGAACGGAAAUCACUUAAUUCACAGAAUUUUUCAAGGCAAGAUAGACAUCUCAACAGAAGCCUUAAGAUGAAGAGAACAAGCCAGCUACCUGUUCAUGGGUUGAAUUUCACAAGACCAUCUGGUAUUUUUAAAGGAAUGCAAGGAUACGAAUGCACUGAAGCAGACAUGGAAUUUGUUCACCAAAUGAAGAAUGAAAGUUCACUUAAGCAGUUAAAGGAAAAAUAUAAAUCUCUUCAAAAGAGACUAAAGGAUGAGCAUCAGAAUGGUGAGCUGUUAAUGGCAAAAAAUGAGAAGGUUCAGAAUGACAUCUAUAAACUGAAAGAGGAUAUGAGCAAAAUUGUUCAACUAAGCAGAGCCUUUGCAGUUAAUUAUUUCCAUAAUCAAAGUGAAGCAUCAUUGACUCCAGGAGAUGAAGCUCUGGAGGUUUGUGUUGAUCAUGUGAUAAAAGUUUGUAAACAAGAAGAAUUAGAGCUUGAAAUUCUUGAAAAACAGCUAAGACAUAAAGAGGAUCAACUUCGCUUAAAGGAAUUCCAGCAAAAAGAUCACAGAAGCAAAAGAAGGCUUUUUUACAAAAUGAAGACAUCAUUACAGCAAACUAUUCUCAGUGAGAAGGAGCAUGUUAAGAGUCUGGAGAAACAUCUGUUCGGUCUUCAAAAAACACUGAAGGAAAGGCAGGAACAGUUAGAUGACCUUAAACGGCAAAAGUGUGAUUUGCAAAAAAACAUGAAACGUGGGAAACGAGAUGUGAAAAUAAAGGUGGAUUUUGCCAGAAUUGACAGAAGAGUAAACUGUAUUGCAAAGAGAAGAGAAAUCUUUUUAGAGAGACGGAGGAUUUUAGCAAGACUUAAGCAGUUGAUAUAAUGUUCACAGGUGAUACUGGGUAAUUUUAAGGAGAAUGUUUUUGCCAAUAUAAAACAUAUUUAUUGAAGGUUAUUUUAGGACAUUAAACUUUUAAGUUGUGUGCCUUUUUAUAUGCAUACAUUUUGGGAGUUUGUUCUGCAUUUUUGUGCUGUUGACCCCAAGGGUAAUGGUAACUACCUAAGAUAUUACUUCAUAUGGUGGUUUCAAAUUCAAAGUUCAGAAAUAGUUUUCUUGGUAAAAUGUGCAAUUUAGUAGUAUUUUUAAAAGGUCCACCAGAUGGCAACCUUUGACAGUCUACUUGAACAAUUUUUCUAAAUUAUUUAAAGCAGACUGGUAGAAUACUAGAAUUUAUCAUUUUUUCAGAUGUUUAUAGUUUACUUUCAACAGAUAAACCACAGUAUGUUAUCUGUAUUGUUUUAUUCAGAUUGUGUUGUUCUGUUUCUGUGUUAUUUUUUUCCUCAUUAAUUAAACAUUGAAUUUUUCCAGUUAUUGCUUUUCUUUUGUGAUUUCUCACUGUAGUUAGAUCCCCCAUCCAAUGUACAGCACUUUACUUGGCUAUAGUGACCUUGUUUUAUAAUUUCUUGAUAUCUGUGAAAGCCCAUCAGUCUGUGCUGCUGUCC